UUGGCUUUGUGUUAUCAUGGGUUAUAUUUAUGUUCCGAAUUUGGGGCCUAACACUGAAUGAGCCCAACCGUGGAAUCUGAGUGGAGAAAGAAGCCAAACAUAAAAUCUACAAGCUGGCGAGACAACUUAAUGUUCCAUCCUCAGUGACAUCUUCAUCUUCACCCACAAACAGCCUAGUGCAUAAGUUCGAUCGCAGAAAUUCUUUUAAUGAGUUGAGGUCCAGCUGUGAUGGGGUCCUUGACUGAAAGUAUUAUAACUAAUCGUUUCUUGGGGCUCAAAAGAAUCUUUCUGGCCUAUGUCCACAUACUUGUGAUUCUCACACACAUCGAAUUUGAUGAUGGUAUGGCUCUUGUUUGGGAGAUAGCUCCAUGCCGGCCCAUCAGGUGUCCAAAUCUACCUCUCAAUGCCUUAAAAAAGUUUUUGUAGGCAUGAGCACCCUUGAUGCCUCAUGCUCCAAUGGCUCCCUGGAACAACCCCUCCUUUCUUUUCCUCCUCGCACUUCUCUCACUAAUGUCUUCUGCAUCACAAAGCUCCAGGCUCUUUAGAGAGUAUAUUGGAGCAGAGUCUAAUUGUCUCAGCUUCCUGGAUGUCCCCAUACAUCCAAGCGUCGAUUUCCACUUCAUUCUCUCCUUUGCAGUAGACUACACCACAUCCAAGCACCCGACUCCCACCAAUGGAGACUUCAACAUCUUCUGGGACGAUGACAACCUCACCCCCUCACACGUUACCUCCAUUAAGCAAAGCCACGGCAAUGUGAAGGUUGCUUUUAGCCUCGGAGGCGAUAGCUUAGGCCCUGGCUAUGUAUACUUCCAUCCUUUCUCCAUUGAUUCAUGGGUUGCCAAUGCCGUCACCUCGCUGUCAAGAAUCAUAAAACGAUACAACUUGGAUGGCAUCGAUAUCGACUACGAGCACUUCAUGGCCGACCCUGAUACCUUUGCUGAGUGCAUCGGACGGCUGCUGACAACACUGAAGAACAACCGGGUGAUAUCGUUUGCAUCGAUAGCUCCUUUCGAGGAUGAUGAGGUGCAGCGGCAUUAUUUAGCUCUGUGGAGGAAGUAUGGAAGUGUAAUCGACUACGUCAACUUCCAGUUCUAUGCAUAUGAUGCGAGCACGACCGUGUCUCAGUUUCUUGGAUACUUUGAGAUGCAGAGGUCCAACUACAAUGGAGGGAAGAUAUUGGUGAGUUGCACCACCGAUAGGAGCAGCAGUGGAGGACUGUCGCCAGAACAUGGGUUCUUCAAUGCAUCAAGAAUGCUCAAGAUGCAAGGAAAACUGGAUGGUAUCUUUAUUUGGUCUGCAGAUGACUCCAAGAGCAAUGGUUUUCUCUAUGAGAAGCAAUCACAGGAUUUGCUGGCAAGUGAUCGUUUGUAUUAGUUAGCUGCUAACUAAAUUUUAGCCACUUACAGUGAAUGGAAAACAUUU